AUGUUACAUGUGUCUCGGGCAUUAAAGAAAUGUGAUUGGUUAGUAAAUGAUGAUCAAUACAGUCAUAUAAUCAAUCCAGAGUAUCUUAAUUCUAAUAUUUAUCCUGGAAUGCACACAAAAGCAAUUAUUAAAUUUAAGGAAGUAAUACGGUCAAAGUUAAACAACGAAUCACGUGCAGAGCAAUUUUAUAACUUCGAAGAAAACCCUUCAGAAGCAUUGAAAUGGUUACCCCACUGUUCCGUAAAAUUUAUUGAAAAUAACUUUGACAAACACGUGGAUAAAAUGGAAAUAUCAUUAUUAAAACGUCUUUGUGAAAAGUCAAUAACGUUCCUAGAGAUUUACUCAAAAAAGGGACGCGAUGUUGGGAAAGCGUUUCAAAAAACUUUAUUCUUGUUGCACGUUGACUUCAAUAAAUACUUAGAUAUCUUAGAAUCGCAACCGAAAUAUAAUUAUCCAAAAUUUGGUAAAAGAGCCACUAAGAUUUUGAUGACAAAAUGUCCUGAUAGAAUACUUAAUAAAUUUGGAGAUUACUGCCUUCGUAUUGAUACGCCUACCUUUAUUAAAUAUUUAAAGAAAGAGGACUUAAAAAAGUUUUUCCUAAAAGUACUAUUGAAUAUAGAAAAUGAACGAAACGAUUUAAGUUAUUACUUUAGAAACGUUAAAAAUUGCAAUUUAUUUUUAACCGCAAUCCCUAAAGAAGAGAGAUUUGAUUUUAUUAAACAUGUUUUUAUAGAUGAAAUCCAGAGUAAUAGUAAUUCAUCAAGUGAUUUAGAUAAAUCAAUAAAUAUAUUGCGGAAUUUGCAAACUUUUACUCCUGUUUAUUACUGGUAUCAGUUCGCAACAUUUGAAGUUGCUUUGAAUGGUAUCAGAAGUAUGAUUGGUCCUGAAACUGAUGCUAACGAUAAAAAUUUAAUGUUUGAAACUUUAAUAGCUUCUACUAAAGGUGACUUGGAAUAUGCAAAGUGUGUACUACAAUACUUUCACGACAAGCACAUUAACUCUUCACUUGAAAUAAAAAAACGAUUUUUAAUAAAUUUUAUAUUAAAAUUAAACACUCACACUUUAGAUAAGGAAAGUUGGAAGAUUUUGGAGGACAUUAUAAAUACCAUGGACAUAUACCAGGAUUCACAAUCGUAUAGUACAAUAAUAGAAGCUGUAUUAAUAUACAAAAUUCUGCAUAAUGAGAUCAUACCAGAUGAAAUAGUACAGAAAUUUCAAUUUAAUUCUUUAAAAACUUACCAAGGAAAGCUAAAUUCACAGGAAAAAGAUAUGAUCUUUAAUUAUUUACAUACAUUAAUUUGGAAUAAAUUACAGAACAUUAAAAUAACUAGUGUCAGCGAAUUUGAACAGUGCGUAAAUUUACUAAAGGAAACAUUAACGUUACUUAAGGAUUGGGGAAAAAACAUUCUUGAUUAUCCAUUAGUACUUGACAAGAUUAGACAUUUAAUAAAAAUUAAACAAGAAAAAUCAUGGACAUUAAGUAUGUUAACAUUGUAUAAUUUACAUAAAUCUUGGAGAAAGCAUAUGUUUGAUGAAUCCAUACUUUUGAAUCCUACGGAGGAAGCUUGUAUUAAUUAUCUGAAACAUGGCCCGAAUUUGUUAGUUGUACAUAAACAUGAGGUUGAGGCGAUGUUAUUAAACGACGCAAUUUCUCUUAAACGUUUGCUUAGAAAGGUCCGAAUUUAUUGGCCUAAAUCUUUAAAUAAUGACUGGCAAAUUAUGUAUUUAAAUAAACUAAAGCAGGCUGAAGGACAUAAAGCAAUAACCAGAGGUUUGUGUAUAUUACUACCAAGAUCCCAACUUAAUGGCAUUUUAGAAAAAUAUGCUCCAAAAGAUCCUAAAAUAGAUUGGAAUAGAAUUCGAGAACUUGAGUUAAGCCUGCAAAGGUGUUUUGCUAAGAACAUGCAUAUUGCAUGCCCACAGCCUUCAUUUGAUAAAAUAUUAUUGUACGCAAAGGGGGAUUAUCUACAGUAUGCUCUUCCAUCUCUACUUGCCAUAUAUUACAAUUUAACUUCCAUUCAAAAACAAGAAUCUAUACCAAAGAUACUGGAUGCCCCUGUGUCAUUGCAAAAACAUGGAAUUCGUCUUGUCUUUACUAAGUUACCUCCUGAUAUGCUUAAAGAAACUUUUAGUGUCCUGUGGAAAAAGACUAAAAAUUCUACAAUACGUACGGAAAUUUUCAAGAUUACUUUCAACUUGCUGUGUCACGAAAAAGACGAUGGAAAAAUUAAAGAUACUUGGUUGUUAUUGGAUAUGUUUAUAGAUAAUCUAACAUUUAGUGAAAAUAAAGAAAUAUACAAGUUAUUAUGUAAUAUUGAUAAUAUUCCUGAAAGUGUGAAGCCCAUGUUUUUAAUGAAAUCUUACAAAUUUCUAAAAACUUUAACGACAAAUAAUAAGCGCGACUACGUUAGCUAUGAAUAUGAUAUUAUUAAACUUGCAAAGUAUACGAAGGAAAUUAUGGAAACAUUGUCAUUGCAAUUUGUCACUGAUAUUAUAUCAGAAUUUACAGAGAAUGUAUUUUUCAAAAAAGACGAUAUACACGACAUGAGUGGCAUCAUAUCAUCAUACCUGCUGUGCGCAAAGGACGAAGAAACUCAAAGCGAAAAAUACGAACUUACCUUAGCUCCAAUUCUACGCCGUUCUUUUGAAUUAUGGAACAAUACAGAUAAUGGAAAAAACUACAUAAAGACCAAUUUUGAACGCCUUAUUACUGAUUUAAUACACGACUUAAGCAAUUUUGCCAUUGCAAAAAAUAUGAUUGUACCUGUUAAAAUGUUCAAGAAUAUGCAAAUAGAAAUGGAACGAUCUUUACCAAUUUCUGAAAACUACGUUUUAUUGAGGACAUGGAAGUUGAUAACGGAAUUGGUAAUAUUGCUUGAUAGGAAUCAACCAGUAAUUUGGGAAGAAACCUGUUCUAAAAUUGCCCCUGAGUUUGGAAAAAUCUGCUACGAGUGCUUAAGAGAUGACACUAAAUGCUUCUUUCCUUGUAUAUAUAUUCUUUUCAUUAGAUCUUUGGAAGUUUUCAAAAAUAUAUUUUCGGAAAAUUUUCACUACGAAAUUUGUACUUGUUUAAUUCAAAAUGAAGAUUUUGUACAAGGGUAUUUAGUCGCAUUGACGCUUCUCGAUUUGCUUUAUAGUGAAGAUUUGGAAAAAAAUAUUGAAAAAAUUCAUGAAAAAAUGUGUACAAAUUCAUCCGUAGAAGUUAAAAUGCAUUACUAUAACAAGUUUCAAGAAAAACGAGCCUCGUUGCUUUCAAUUUCCCCUACUAAAUAA